CGUUCAGUCUAAUCACCCAACAUGGAAGAGUCCCAAAGCCUUCGGUCUCUGUUUACGUCCGCGAAGGAUGCUAAGACAGCACUAGAGUCAAGGGGAGAUACCAACACCGAAAGCUACCGGGACGCAGUCAAUGCGACGAUCGCCAAAUUCCACGAAUGCCAACGACAAAUCGGCAUCUUGUCACUAUUCAGUUCAAAUGAGUCGCUAGACGAUAUGUCAACGGGAGAUAUUCAGUACAUGACAUUGGAGUACCAUCUUGCCGAACUCUCGCAGCGAGGUCCGUCUGCUGAUCGCGAAGCUACCCUUCGGCGCGCCCUGGAACAAUAUGAGCGAUUUAUUACACGACUCGACGAAUACGAGUUACUGUCCGCUGGAGACAAGAAGUUCUUUGAACAAUACAUGGCCAAUCCCUCAACCUUCACGCUCGCACCCUUGAACGAUGCCGCAGCUCGGCGGGACAUCAAAGUGAGACGCUUUCGGGAAGAAAAGGAGCUCAAGGAAAAACUAGAGUACCUUGCUCGCAACGAAGCUCGACUUCAAAGUGACGAUGACGAUACCCGACGACUUUACUUAGCUGAGCUGCAGCUCUAUAUCCACCAGAGUUUCCAAGCCAUGGAUCUAUUGGUACAAGAACUCUCAAUGCUAUCUGCCAUGCGGAAUGCCCCCGCCCCCACGCAACCGACCGCCGAUGACUCGAGACAACGAAGUAACCUAGGAGGCGCAAACUACUCAGAUCGACUGGACCCGUCUUUGUCACAACUUCUGGGCCGGGGAAGGAACGGACCACUUUUGAACAGCAAAGGCAAGCCAAUGCAGCCAUUCACAUUGCUGGAUCGUCGCACGCAGCUGCAGCAAGGAGUGUUCCGUUCUGGUCAUAAUCUCCCGACUAUGACGAUCGAGGAGUACCUGGAUGAAGAACAUCGGAGAGGCAAUGUCCUCCAGGGAGGCGAACAGUCUGGUAUCAAACCAGAGGUUGAUGAGGAUGACUUCGAUAAGGCAGAUGAAGAGACUAUGAAAGCCCGUGCCUGGGACGAAUACGUGGAGGCGAACCCUAAGGGUUCGGGUAAUACACUAAACCGCGGCUAAGAAUGUACAGCCGCUACGAAUUGGAAGAUUCCAGUGUAUUUUUCUUAUUCCUAGAUGCCUUGCAAUAGACGGUGUUGUCGAAGUAGAGUGAAAUUAUUGAAUGGA